AGUGCGAUCUAGAGCGGGCGGGGAAAAGGGCAGCUGGUUCCUUGAGGGAUUAGGUCCCGUGAGGAGGCGGUCUCUGAACUGUUUCAUUAGGUUUCCUCUCGACCUUCGCUGAAUCUUUCAAGUCCGCAGACUGAGGAACCGUCUCCACCAUCAUGGGAGGCGGAGAUCUGAACCUGAAGAAGAGCUGGCACCCACAGACCCUGCGCAAUGUGGAGAAAGUGUGGAAGGCAGAGCAGAAGCAUGAAGCGGAGAGGAAGAAGAUUGAGGAGUUGCAGCGAGAGCUUCGAGAGGAGAGAGCGCGGGAGGAGAUGCAGCGCUACGCGGAGGAUGUCGGGGCUGUCAAGAAAAAAGAAGAAAAGUUGGAUUGGAUGUACCAGGGUCCGGGCGGCAUGGUGAACCGGGACGAGUACCUGCUGGGGCGCCCCAUUGACAAGUAUGUUUUUGAGAAGAUGGAGGAGAGGGAAGCCGGCUGCUCCUCUGAGACAGGACUCCUCCCAGGGUCAAUCUUUGCCCCAUCGGGUGCCAAUUCCCUUCUUGACAUGGCCAGCAAAAUCCGGGAAGACCCUCUCUUCAUCAUAAGGAAAAAAGAGGAGGAGAAAAAAAGAGAAGUACUGAACAAUCCUGUGAAAAUGAAGAAAAUCAAAGAGCUGCUGCAAAUGAGUCUUGAAAAAAAGGAAAAGAAGAAGAAGAAGGAGAAGAGAAAGAAGCACAAGAAACACAGGCGCAGAAGCUCCAGCAGCGAUCGCUCCAGCAGUGAGGAUGAGCAGGGCCAGGCGCGGUCUCAAAAGAAGAUGGCAAACUCCUUUCCUGUUUUGUCCAAAGUCCCUGGAUAUGGCUUACAGGUGAGGGACUCUGACCGUAACCAGGGGCUGCAGGGUGCUCUGGGUGAACAGAGGGCGAUAAAGAACCAUUCCAGGUCAAGAAGCUCCUCACCCCCCAGGCAUGUCAGCAAGAAGAGCACCAAGGAGGAGAGGCCGCGGGACAGGAGGUCCCGGUCCCCAAGGCCCAGCAAACAGCACACCUCUAAGGUAAACAGGAAAGAGAGAGACAGCCCAUCACCUAAAAAGGAGGUCUACCAAAGGCGGCAUGCUUCUGGAUACACCAGAAAACUCUCAGCCGAGGAACUAGAGCGGAAACGGCAGGAGAUGAUGGAAAAUGCCAAGUGGAGGGAGGAGGGGAGGCUCAGCGCCCUCAAGAGGCACGCCAAGGAGGACGAGCAGGAGCACUCACGGCCUGGCAACUUCAUCCACCGCAUGAAGCUGGAGAGCGCAUCCACCUCCUCCCUGGAGGACCGCGUGAAGCGCAACAUCCACUCUCUACAGCGGACCUCGGCAGCUCUGGAGAAGAACUUCAUGAGAAGAUGAAAGUGGUCUCGCUUACUGGUUUGCCUGACCUUGCCAGGGAGGCUACUGACUCCUUAAAAUUCUCUUUAUAAGAGUUCACAUGGCUUCUUGUACUGAUGAAAAUCCACCACUGUUCAAAGUGCCCUUUGUCCACUGACUGCUGAAUCACAUCCUUUAAAACCCGAUGUGACCGGAUUCCGGGACCCUCAGGAACUUUGGCUGGAUGCACUGUGGGUUUUUACUGUUUGAGUGGAUGGUACUGGAGGGCUUGGAUGCUUGUUACGCCUCUUCCCUCCCACCUGAAUGACUGGAUCAGACUUCCAGAGGCCUCUCUUCAUAGCCACCCAGCGGGACGGUGCUCAUGGGGAUAAAUGAACAUUGACUUUAUUUAGUAGAUUAUGUGAUAGGAUGGCCAAGCAUCAGGAAGAGCCAAGAGAGUGACAAAGAAGCUGGAAGAGAGAACAGAACCGGAAAGCCCUACCUGAACUGACUCCUGGGCUUUAAGCUGUAAUGGUGUGACGUGUAUACAAAUGUACAAUUUCAUAUUUGCUUUUAAAGUUAGCUUUGUGAGAACAUUUUGUUCGAUGACUGUCAGAAAAGUAACACAGUAAGGCAGAUGGCUUGGCUUACUCUCCUCUCUGACACGGGGCAUAGGGAGCUUUGGGGUUGCUGACCUUUGACAUUUGGACAUGACUUUGUCCUCUACAAAUGUGUUCAGUUGCAUUUAUAGGUAGGUACUGGCUUCAGGAGGGACACACCUGCCGAGGUGCACGGGCUCCUCUGUUCCUCAGAAUCUCACAGCUGGCACCCAGUGCACCAUGAAUCAGGACCUGUGUUGUCCUAUGACUCCUAAUAGACAAUACUGUGGAAGCUGUUUGUUUUGUGACUAUUUUUAAUUUGUUUGUUUGUUGAGGCAGGGUCUCUUGCAGCUCAGGCUAGCUUUGACUGUACUGUGACCUCUGACCACACACAGUUGCUCCUACUGCCACUGCUGCUUUGUGGUUUGUCAUUGAUACAGGGCCCUUAACUGGCCCAGGGUGGGUGGUGGCUGUCCUGAGUGCUGGCCGCAGUUACUGGCCACCACCCCCAGCUUCCUAGCUGCUCUUUUAUCCUGUAAUAACGAAAAAUCUCAGACAAGACUCAAGGGGCCACUCCUAUGUCUUUACUGCCAUUCCUCUCUAUUCUUUCACCAGAAGCCCUCAUUUGACCAGGGAGCUUCUAGGUGCUCUUUAAACAGACAACAGAUUGACCCUAGCCAUGCUGACCUUAAACUGUAGAUCUCCUGUUUCAGCCUCUGGAGCUGUGAUUACAGACCAUGUGGCCCUCAGAGGUGCUCUUAACUCAUAUAUUAAGCCAUUUCCUUGUUCUACCAGUUCCUAAUUCCUCCUAAAAUAUGUUUGGAUUUUUAUCUUUUUAAGCACUAAAAUUCUAGACACUGUAAGUCUUAAAACUCAGUUUACCCCCAGACAAUGUAACAUUAUUCAUCUAAUCACCUCAUCCUGCUGCCCUAUGAUAUAGUUAAUUAUGGCUUUUAUUUUAUUACUUGGUAAUAAAGGCUACAUUUAUUUUUGUAACUGUGUAGAGCGACCAACCACGUGCCUGGUACUGAGACUUGAUAUCUCAAGUAUUGACCUGUAAUUUGUGUCGAAUACAGAGACCCUUCGUCCAAAUGGAAUUACGUAAUAAACCGUGGGCAGUUUACUCAA